AUGACCGCAGAAUCCAGUAUGGGCUUCUUCCGCCGCAUGUUUGCUUUCUUGGAAGAAGGUUCACACCAUGCCUUGUCCAAGGGCAAGCCAAGCCGAAGUCUUAUGAGCGCCGCUAUCGCCCUCAACAAGAUGGGUCGUAGGCCAUCAUCCAAUAGCUUCCGAGGAGAAAAUGUGGCUUCCAACAGCCUAACGACUACUCGAUGCCACGCUGCCACUUGCGAAAGCAGCUCCGAAUCCAUCUCGAACCACUCUGCGACUGCCACAGCCCAAGACGAAAGCCAGCUUUGCGUCCUGAACGAUGCGAUCGACUUUGAGCCCGAGAAGCAGCUCGCUAUUCGUAUUCUGAGAUGCAGAGUCCCAUCCACAAUGAGCCCUCGCUCCUCCAUUGAGUCCAUCAGCCCUGUCAAGGCUGGGGUGAAGCAGCUCGGCGAACUCCUCGAGCACGAGAGCCGCUUUGCUAAGUACCAUGAAGAGGAUGACGAUUGCGAUGAGUGGGGCAUCCAGUGCGGUGGCAUCGACGAAGCUGCGGUCUCGUCGAAGAGACACCCCAACAUCGUCAACUACGAGAAGUACAUCGACAACAGUGUGAUUCAACAGAUCUCUGAAGAUCUUCCCGAGGCCGAGAAUGCCGAUUUCAAGACUGCCACAAAGUCGGCUCGCAACUUGCGAUUUGGCAACUACACCACCGGCAAGUAUGUGAAGAUCAAGUCGAAGCAGGAUGAUGGCGUGUCGAGGCCGCAAAAGAAGCCGGGCAAGUGGGUUGCUGGUCUCCUUCGUAAGGCCAUCAGUCUCUUCUUUCCGAAAGUUGCCCAGCCUGCCCUGUCCCUUGCCGCUGAACCGCGAGUUCGUUUCUGCCAUCCUCUUGGAAUUAUCUGA